AUGGAUUAUUUCUAUGACAAAGAGCUACCUUCUACUUCAAGUUCUGCGCCCACUUCUCCCGAAGCGAACACGAUUUCUUGCACGUUGUCAAUGGGAGACAAUAACUUAAGCGUGAAUUUGGCUGACCAGACUUCCAGCCUUGAUGAUAUCAGAAGUAAAGUGGAACAACUGGUGGAAAGAAUCAACACAAGCCGUUCCAGUGAUCAAAAAGAAAUCGACACCUAUCAGAAAGAACUAUCUGACAAGCUGUUAGAUAUGUGUCAGUCGAUGAAGGAUCAGCUGUUCACUGUGUAUGAGGACAACAACGUUAAGAUAGAGGAAAAACUGGCAGAGCUGUCUGAGAUUUUGAGCAACUGUGACCAACUUUAUCAUGAGCUGCUGGAGGCCACCCAGGCCCUAUCACACCUCCUCCACUGA